AACGUAUGGUCAUUCAAACUUGACCUCUGGUAAACUCUCAGUAACGGGAACAACACGGUCUGCCUUCACUUCAGAGAAGCGUCGAUAUGUUCAGGAUUUGCGACAAGAACCUAUCUGAAAGGGAAAUGUAUAAAACCCGUGGGCCCAAUCGUCGGGGCAUCACAUCAUUCUCAAACCUCAGGUUUGAUCGCCGAGACGUUAAGAAAGAUAAAGAUCUCAAAAUGUUGAGGGUUUUGACGAUUGUGCUUCUUGGCUUGGUCCUCAUUCACGAGAGUGAAUGCGUUCCUCAACGCUCAAGAGGCCAAAAUGUAGAGCUCAAAAUCGCUGAGGCAGGAACACUUUCCGAAAAAAUACAGCGGCACUUUGGACCAGUAAAGGCUAAAAUGAUUACCAGUUCUAAAAAGAGUGACCCAAAAUGGCCGAAGGAUGUACCAAAGGAAUUUGAUCUUCGUACGAAAUAUCCAAAGUGCGCUGAACAAUUUAGUCAUGCACCCGAUGAAGGCCCUUGUAAUACCGAUGGACCAUCUGUGAUUUCCUCCAUCCUCUCGGACAAAUAUUGCAUCAAGAAUAAAGGCGAAAAGAGAGAGUUUUCUGCCGACUUCCUUUUACGAUGUGCCGAGAAGUGCGAUGAGACGUCUUUUGCUCCGGAUUCUUGGAUCUGGGCCUAUGAUUACGGAGUGCCAACCGAUGGAGAAUACGACUCAUUCAUUGGAUGCCAGCCGUACUCAUAUAAGCCAUGCAAACACACCAUCGGAAAAUACUUCCCCGAAGAGGAAAAUAUCUCAACCAGAAAAUUGGGCCAAGUUACAGAUGAACUGGAGGAAUGCAAAGAUGUUGAAAUGGAGCUGAAUAAGUGCACAUCUAAGUGCACAAACCCCGAUUAUCCCAGAAGGUCCACCAAGCACGAUCGCAUGAGAAUCGAAUCAUGGUACUACCUAGAAGCAGCCGAUUUUCAUGCAGACAAUGAAGAAGUGAUUAAGAAGGAGAUCAUAGCACGUGGACCUGUUUGUUUGACUUUUCUACUUUACGAAGAUUUCUUCGAUUACAAAGGAGGGAUUUAUCAUGUCACCGAGGGUACAAGGGAAGCCUCAUCUUACUGGAAAAACGUGAAAGCGAUCGGUUGGGGGGAGGAGGAUGGAGACAAAUAUUGGCUGGUAGUGAAUACCUGGAAAGAUUUCAAUGGAGGAGAGCAGGUAUUCAAGAUCGGCAUCAAUGAGGCAUAUAUUCAAGAACUCGCGACAUCAGGACACUUUCAUGAACCUCGACACCCCGACGACGAGUCAGAUGAAGACGAGGAUGAUGAUCCCUCAAUUUAAUUUUAUCACGAUUCGAAAUUAUCAUUCUCUU